GAAAAGUGAAGAACAAGAAAAGUUGGAAAUCGAACGGUGGAGAUGACUUCAAAAGCAUGCAACAGGCGUCACCUUAGGCUUUCUCUCUGGUAAAAAACACUCGCUCGCUCUCAUACGAUACGAACUUGUUUCAGGGACGACAAAAAAGGAAAGUUCGUUAGACAAUUCCACAACAGACGAUCUUACCGCUACUGGUGGUCGUUGUGGUGGUGAUACGUUCUUCUCCAUUCCCUCUUCCUCUAACCUGUCAUCGCAGUGGCUGUUCCGGUGACCGUGACGAGCAAGGUGGUGGUGGUUAUUCGACGAAUAAGAAAAAAUACAGAAAAAAAAAAAAGAGAAUAAGAAGAAAUGGCGUAUAGGAGAAGGCAGGGAAUCACGAGGGCUUCCACCUUCAAAGAAGAGAUAUAUCUCAGGCCAGAAGAUGAUAGCGAUAACAACGACACUAAACGGAGUAAUAUGUUAAAACCGUCUUAUACUUUUCAUUCCUCUUCCUCUCUUGCGGCUCAGGCCAUCAAGGCGUCAGCCGCCCAUCGUGAAUCCUCUCUUUCCUCUGCCGACGGAGGAGAUUCCUCCCCUCAGAGAUCUAAGGUCUUUGAUGCUUAUGAGGACUCAUCAGCCAGAAGUGAUUCUAAAGGGUUUUGGGGUGUUCUUGCUAGGAAAGCCAAAGCAAUUCUCGAGGAGGAUAAUAUGUCAUCACAAUUAGGAACACCUGAUCGAACUAUGUUCCAGAUCUCAGAGACCUCUGUAGAUGGCCAGGAAGGACGAACCAUCGUGGAAAAUAAGACUGCAGAUAUCAUCCAAGAAACACGCAAACUGCAGAUUAUGCGAAAAGGAAGCAGUUCAGAGGCACAAAAUCAAGCUUUUGAAGCAAUUAAUUCACAGCAGCAGCCUAUGAAGCAUCACCAGCAGAAUCAGAUGAACCACGAAACUCAAUUGAAGGCAUCUCGCGACGUUGCAUUGGCAACUGCUGCAAAAGCAAAACUUCUUCUUCGGGAACUGAAAACUAUUAAAGCGGACCUGGCUUUUGCAAAACAACGAUGUUCACAACUAGAGGAAGAGAAUAAAAUCUUGAGGGAAGGUUGUGAAAAAGGAGACAACCCAGCAGAUGAUGAUUUGAUUCGCCUUCAGCUGGAGACACUUUUGGCUGAGAAGGCUCGUUUGGCACACGAAAAUUCAAUAUUUGCACGUGAGAACCGGUUUCUAAGGGAAAUUGUUGAAUACCACCAACUCACGAUGCAAGAUGUUGUUUAUUUGCACGAAGGCAGUGAAGAAGAAACUGAAGUUUACUCAAGUACAGGGAUGCUUUUUAUUUCCCCACUCUCGCCUUCGGAGAUUACUGCAUCUGCAAGCCCACCAGCAGCAAAGAAGAUUUCUCCUGUGCCUAACCUACCACAAGAAAUGCAGGAGGCUUCAGGAAAUGAUGUCACACAGCGUUCAGAUACACCUGUAAUCGAGGAAGAAAAUGCAACACCAAGUUCAGUUACUCCUGUAAACAAGGAAGAAGAUGCAAAAAGUGUAGUGCUCGAGGAAAAUGCAAAAACAAACACGAAAUCAUCCCCAUGAGUCGAGCUUUUCCAUUCUUCACUAACAAGAAAUUUUGUGAGAUAUUGAUGCUAAAAUUUCAGCUCCUUUCCCUUUUUAUGAUUAUUUAAAGAAGGGCCUGGUGUUUUUCCCCCUAAUUUUUGGGUAGUAUACUAGCAUUUGUUACCAUUUUAUGUAUGAAAUUUUUUAUGCAGCUUCAAUUGUUACCGAAUAAAAUUUGACUUUCCUGUUUCAGAUAACAAA